AUGGGCUUCACUCCCAGAGGCAGAGGCGGCGGCGGCCGUGGUGGCUUCGGUGGUGACCGUGGCGGCCGUGGUGGACGCGGCGGUGGUCGCGGCGGCUUUGGUGAUCGCGGCGGCCGAGGCGGUGGUCGUGGCGGUGGUCGCGGAGGCUUUGGUGAUCGCGGCGGCAGAGGCGGUCCUCGCGGCGGUGGCCGUGGUGGCCCUCGUGGCGGCGGCAAGCCUGGCGCUCGCGGCGGUGCCAAGGUCGUUGUUGAGCCUCACAGGCACAACGGUGUCUUCGUCUCCCGAGGCAAGGAGGACCACCUGCUCACCAAGAGCAUGGCUCCCGGCCUCGAGGUCUACGGCGAGAAGCGCGUGUCGGUUGACAACAUCACCAAGGGCGAGGAUGGCGCGCCUGUGACGACCAAGGUCGAGUACAGAGUCUGGAACCCCUUCCGCAGCAAGCUGGCUGCUGGUAUCAUCGGUGGUAUCGACAACAUCUACAUGGGCCCCGGCUCCAAGGUCCUCUACCUCGGUGCUGCGUCCGGAACCUCCGUCUCCCACGUUGCCGACAUUGUCGGUCCUACCGGCAACGUCUACGCCGUCGAGUUCUCCCACCGAUCCGGUCGCGAUCUCGUCAACAUGGCCCAGAACCGCACCAACGUCAUCCCCAUUGUCGAGGAUGCCCGUCACCCCCUGCGUUACCGCAUGCUCGUCCCCAUGGUCGACUGCGUCUUCGCCGAUGUUGCCCAGCCUGACCAGGCCCGUAUCGUCGCCCUCAACGCCCACAUGUUCCUCAAGGUUGGCGGUGGUGUAGUCAUCUCCAUCAAGGCCAACUGUAUCGACAGCACAGCCGCCCCCGAGGCUGUUUUCGCCCAGGAGGUACAGAAGCUGAGGGCAGAGCGCAUCAAGCCGCAAGAGCAGCUGACGCUUGAGCCUUACGAGAGAGACCACUGCAUCGUCAUUGGCCAGUACCAGGAGGCCAAGUAA